AUGCUCCGCCGUAACGACCCUGAAUAUGCCCUCACAAACGCCAAGUGGUGUAACAGGAACCUCAAGGCCAAGCAAUACAACGACGCCUACAAGAUUGCUUCGUCAUCUGCUUUGACUAAAGUCCUCAAGAAGGUGCGAGCGGACGGUAGUCGGCCGGCCAUUGCCCCUCGUGAGCUUCAAGACCCUUACGCCAUCCCGACGACAUGCGCACCUGGAUCUGCAGACAAGCGCGAUGUGGAUUUAGAUGUCCAAAAGGAAUUCGACGUAUUUGUUAACAAGGACGGUGAAGAGUAUGUGGAGUACUGGUCGAGUGACAAUGUCGACUUCUCGUUGCUUGGACAGCUACCCGCGCUAUCCGUCUCUAGGGAGGCUAAGACCAUCGCCACCACAGUUGUGUACAUUGAAGAGUAA